GCUUCCCGUCGCGCGCACGCGCCCCACGCCCGCCGCCGCCGCCGCCGCCGCUCCGCCCUCACCGCUCCCGCCGCGUCCGUUCCUCUUUCCUCCCGCGGCUGCUCUCCGGUCCUUCCCCGGCGCGUUCCGUUUGGGGGUGUCCCCGCAGUGCCAUGGGGCGCUCCUCCAAGGACAAGAGGGACAUUUAUUACCGGCUGGCCAAGGAGGGCGGCUGGAGAGCGCGCAGCGCCUUCAAACUGCUGCAGCUGGAGCAGCGCUUCCAGCUCCUGAGGGGGGUCCAGCGGGCCGUGGAUCUUUGUGCUGCCCCCGGGAGCUGGAGCCAGGUGCUGAGUCGGCACCUCAGGGGCUCCGAGGGCUCCCCAGCCCAGGUGGUGGCCGUGGAUCUCCAGGCCAUGGCGCCGCUCCCGGGGGUGCUGCAGAUCCAGGGGGACAUCACCAAGGCCUCCACAGCCCAGGAGAUCCGGCGCCACUUCGAGGGGCACCCGGCUGACCUGGUGGUCUGUGACGGGGCCCCUGACGUAACGGGGCUGCACGACCUCGACGAGUACAUCCAGGCCCAGCUGCUGCUGGCAGCGCUGAACAUCACCACCCACGUCCUGAAGAAAGGCGGCACCUUCGUGGCCAAGAUUUUCCGGGGCAAGGACGUGACCCUGCUCUACUCCCAACUGCGCCUCUUCUUCCCCGACGUCACCUGCGCCAAGCCCCGCAGCAGCCGCAACUCCAGCAUCGAGGCCUUCGUGGUGUGCCGUGGCUACAGCCCCCCCGAGGGCUUCGUGCCCAGCAUGGAGAACCCCCUGCUGGAGCCCGAGGCGGGGCUGGCCCUGUCGCGGCUCUCGGGCCCCUCCCGUGUCAUCGUCCCCUUCGUGGCCUGCGGGGACCUGAGCGCCUUCGACCCCGACCGCACCUACCCCCUGCAGCUGGACCCCGCCCGGCCGUACCGCUACCUGCCGCCCCCGCCCCCCCCCAUCGCCCCCCCCUACGCCCGGGCCUGCCGCCUGCGCCGGGGGGGCGACCCCGGCCCCGAGACCCCCCCGGGCGUGCAGGGAGCCCCCCCGGAGGAACAGGAAGGGGCCUCGAGCCAGGGGAUGGGUGUGCAAGGAGCCCCCCCGGAGGGGAUGGGUGUGCAGGGAGCCCCCCCGGAGGGGAUGGGUGUGCAAGGAGCCCCCCCGGAGGGGAUGGGUGUGCAAGGAGCCCCCCAGGAGAGGAUGGGUGUGCAGGGAGCCCCCCCGGAGGGGAUGGGUGUGCAAGGAGCCCCCCCGGAGGGGAUGGGUGUGCAAGGAGCCCCCCCGGAGGGGAUGGGUGUGCAAGGAGCCCCCCAGGAGGGGAUGGGUGUGCAAGGAGCCCCCCCGGAGGGGAUGGGUGUGCAGGGAGCCCCCCCGGAGGGGAUGGGUGUGCAGGGAGCCCCCCAGGAGGGGAUGGGUGUGCAAGGAGCCCCCCAGGAGGGAAGGGAAAAGCCCCCAUGUGAGAUGGGUGUGCAAGGACCCGCGUGUGAAGGGGAAGGAGCCCCGUGUGAGGAGCUGGGCCGGCUCCGUCUUCUGGACUGAAACUUGGGUGUGCAAGGCCCUGGUGGGUGUGCAAGGAUGGCCCUGGUGGGUGUGUGAGCACCCUGGUGGGUGUGCAAGGAUGGCCCUGGUGGGUGUGCAAGGAUGGCCCUGCUGGGUGUGUGAGCACCCUGGUGGGUGUGCAAGGCCCCCCCAGGACCCUCCCCUUGCACACGCGUGUGACCCCUCCCCAA